AGCAGACCAACACAGCUUUCCGGCUCCGCGUCCGCCCGUCUGUUCUCCUUACCUGAGCGACGCCAGUGCGUUUCCCUGGAUUGUUUACUUUGCCAGUUGGAAUCGCCACUUACCGAGUAUGGCAUCAACUGCGAUGUCCCUCCUCACUGAGCUGGUCGACUAUGUCGAUUUAAACCAGCGGAGCUUCUUCAUCUCGGCCGCCGCUAUUGCCUUCAACCCGACUUUCUGGAACAUCGUGGCUCGCAGAGAACACCGCACGAGGUUCCUUACUCGGCUCUUUGGCGGCAACGCUCAGACAGCAUGCUACGCCCUCGCAGCCACCAUCUUCUCGCUCGGCAUUAUCCGUGACUUUCUCUACGAGCGCGCCUUGCGUGACCAGCCUACCCACCCGGCACUCGAACAACCGCUCGUGAAGUACGCUGCGUAUGCGCUGCUGGCUGUCGGCAACCUCUUCGUUAUCUCCUCCACAUGGCGGCUGGGGAUUACAGGCACCUUCCUAGGGGACUACUUUGGGAUCUUGAUGGACGGCAUCGUGACGGGCUUUCCCUUCAACAUCACCAACGCCCCAAUGUACUACGGCUCGACCAUGAGCUUCCUGGGCAGUGCUCUGCUGUACGGGAAGCCAGCGGGGAUCCUCCUCACGCUGCACGUUUUGGUGGUCUACCUGAUUGCCAUCCAGUUUGAGAAUCCGUUCACCGCGGCUAUCUAUGCCCAGCGGGACCGGGAGCGGGCCAGGGCUGCUGGGCAGACAGUGGAGAGCAAGAAGGAGCUUUAGAUUUGGAGCUUUCAUGGGAGCAGCUCCAGCGCGUUACAUGGGAGAAGCGCUGGGGCGCCGUGGACCAGGAGGGCAGGCCUUAGUGCUUGCCUUCGGCGACGCAAGUGAGAUGCCUACUCGAGGCGGGCUCUGAGACCUACAGAUGGGGUCCGCCGGGUAGAUUCUCACGAGACUGCGUCAGAUGGCGGCUAGCGGCUAGUCGACAGGAAUUCUCCCCUCAACAACAGUGGUUGUGGUGAAAGAGGCCCCUGCAGCAGAGGAGCCGCCCCAGCGAGGCCGGGGUUCGACGGAGCUGCGUCCGGCGUUGUUGGCCAUCAACUGGCCCAACCAGCCAAGCAAAGCUCAGGAAAAUAGAGACGGGAACAGCAGGAAAAUAGAGACAGACACAGAUAGAACGGGUGCAAUGUGUACACUACACUACUGCAGAUAAACAAAUAUGCCAGCCAGCGUUUGGGGACUCAUCCCCAAUCACCGAGGAUAACCGGAAUGAAGGGGCUGUUCUGGACGCUUCUCACGGGCAAUGUCGGGCCCACCACGU